UACUCACCGUCUGCCACUCGUUUCCAUUGGAACAGACAAAGGCUCCGAGGGCUGGCGGAGGAUGCCGAGKCAGGCCGGAAUAUGUAUAUUUCUAAUGUUUGGCAGAUAGCAUAUAUUAAAUAGCAUGUCACCAUGCAACAUAGGACUGUUGUGACAUAUUGAUGAAGCCGAGAGUCGUGUGCGGGAGGACGCAGGCGCCACGCGGCGAUUGAUAGAGUAUGUGGGGGUCUGGUUUCGCCUCGUCCCGACCGUGUGUGGUUGAACUCGGGCGGAAUCACAGCCUGCCCUUGGGGAUAUGUGGCUCGGACGAGACUCACUCUCUUUAUGGCUAUAUCGUCGCAAUCCCUUUACAGGACUACGGUGGGACCAUGUCGGGAUUGGGGUCGGAUUCCUGGUGGAAGAAAACCAUCUAUAUCACCGGCGGUGCCCUCCUCGCUGCUGCUGCCUACCUAUUACACGAGCUGCUUGCCAUCAGGAAGGAGCAGGAGUUGGACUCUAAAGAUGCCAUCAUCCUCCACCAGUUCUCCAGGCCAAACACGGGGGUCCCCAGCCUCUCACCAUUCUGCCUCAAGAUGGAGACCUACCUACGCAUGGUGGACCUGCCCUACCAGAACUACUUUGAUGGGAAGCUCUCUCCGCAGGGCAAGAUGCCAUGGAUUGAGUAUAACAGGCAGCAGGUGUCGGGGUCAGAGUUCAUCAUUGACUUCCUGGAAGAGAAGCUGGGCGUCAACCUCAACAAUAACCUCAGUCCCCAGGAAAGAGCUGUGUCCCGGGCUGUCACCAAGAUGGUGGAGGAGCACCUCUACUGGACAAUAGCCUAUUGCCAGUGGGUAGACAACCUGGAGGAGACCCAGAAGAUGCUGUCAGUCACUGGUCCUCUCAGUGACAUGCUAAAGUGGAUCCUCGGCCACCUGAACAGCAGCAUGGUGCAAAGGGAGAUGUACGGCCAUGGCAUCGGACGCUUCUCCAAGGAGGAAGUCUACAAGCUGAUGGAGAAAGACAUGCGCACACUGGCCGAACUGCUCGGAGAUAAGAAGUACUUCAUGGGGCCUAAGAUGUCGACAGUGGAUGCUGCUGUGUUUGGUCACCUGGCCCAGGCCAUGUGGACACUACCCGYCACACGUCCUGAACAGCUCAUCAAAGGCGAGCUCAUCAACCUGGCCAUGUUCUGUGAGCGCAUGCGGAGAAAAUUCUGGCCUGAGUGGUUCGUGGACAUAGAGGACGUGUACUAUGACGGAGCAGACACUGACAGCAGCGAGGGCUCUUCUACAGGCCUGAUGGACUUUGGCCUGUUCUCCCGGACAGACACCAUGGAGGAGAGUGAAGCCUCUGACAAACACACACACUCACACACUCACUCCCCCGAUACGGACCACUCGCUGUUCGACUCGGACGUGGGCACGGGCUCGGACAAUGGGCCGCAGCUCAAGUGUGACCCUCCUAGUCUUGAUCGUCCUAAUCCUGCCCCUUCCAGUCCCAAACCUCCCAACCCUUGACCCAUCCUUAUCCAGGGAGGUGGGGUGGGUUUGGCUGAGGCAGUCAAACGGCCGGGAACUUCAAACUAGUCAGGGCGCUGCUAUCUGGAUUGGCAUCAUAGAGCUGCGGAACACAGAGGCACAGUUCUCGCUUCUACUGCUGCCCCUCCCUCUCUUCCAGAGAUCUGUGCUCACACACGGAGGCGCAGUUAUAUUCCAUGAUGACUGAAAACUAUAUCCUAACAAUGUAAUAUCAGUGCGCUCAGACAAACUGUGUAUUUGUAUGCAGAGCGUAUAAAUCGAACCCCAUGUUACAUGUGUUACAAUGUGAUUUCCUCACCCCUAGUGAUUGUGACAUUGCCAAUAUGGCACUAUCACAGACAUUGCCUUAUUUGUGCCAGGUGUCCAAGGGUACAGGCUAGUGUAAGACGUGAUGAGAGAGAUUGUUGGUUGAACCAGUUAGUGGUGUAUCUGUCCAUGGAAUACAGACAACAUGGCUGUUUCUUUAGAAAUGUAGCUGGUGAAAGAGAGACGAUGAUGAUGGUAGCAGAAACAUGAAAACACUGGAUUUUAGAGAAAGCUGAGGUCAGUCAUUUGCUAUGACUUGGACACAUUGUAAAGAGUGAUAUAUAAAGAGUCUUUGACUUGGGUGGCUGCUCUAGUCUGUGUCUUACUAACGGUGGGCUUUUCUACCAGUAGUCCUAUGGUUUGUGGCUUGCUGCUGAGCAUCAGCCAUAAUCACUUGCCUUUCCAUCAACCCUGUGUCUAACUUCACUCUAGUAAAGGAGAUUGGGAUAUGCAAAAGGAACUGGGGAUGUAACAUUCUUGUCGGAGUAGAGCCGACUCUUGUAUCUCACCACUAGAGGGUGCUGUAUCUAUACAUCCAUCCCGCUGUCUAUUUAGCUCUAUGGUCUCGAGUCCUGUCAGUUUCUGCCACUUGGAAUGUUAAAGGCCCAGUGAAGUCAACGUGAUAUUCCUGUGUUUUAUAUAUAUUUCCACACUAUGAGGUUGGAAUGA